GAUCACAUACAUACAGAGAGAUGCACAUCGGUCGGUCGGGAGUGAGACUACAUGCACGGCACGCACAUAGCAAAAGGACGGCACGCACGAAACGCACCAGAGAGCAAAGUAGGUAGGCAAUUAAGGAACCAAGGGAGAGGGAGGGAAGGAAUGCAUUCACUCGAUUGGCUGACCGUUCGUCUCAGUUCCUUCCUGACCUGAACGCCUGAACGCCUGCCUUUCGAUCUUAAUUCACUGUGUCAAGCUUCUUUCACUGCACACAUCUGUGGCUGGCUGCACUUGAAACCGACGUACGUCUUGCAGCCCUUGUCCCACGCGCGGCUGUCACCGUCGCCACUGUGAAGGCGGAAAGGGAGCCUGAGAGCUUCAGGUUCCUCCUCGACCUUCACACUGACCACAUGACAAUAAGCGCACAAGACGUAGGCUGGAUGUGGCCAAUCAAUCGGGCCCGCCUGCCUUCGGUCAGUGAGUGCUGGUUCCUCGGCAGACAGAUAUGGAAAAUCGCAGGCGACGCCAGGCCGCCAAUACGCCAUGCCACACCACAACACACCACAGCACGACACACACAGCCAUCCAUCCAGCCACCAUCAAUCGUUAAAAGACAGUCAGUCCACAGUUAGUCACUCACUCCAUCACACAAUUACUCAGCCACUCCACGCACACACCCUACGCAGCAGCUGGCCGUCUGGUCAGUGGCGCCUUCCUUCACCAGUCCUCCCCAUUGCCCCCGCCGCCGCCGCCGGCGCCGCCAUUGCCGCGUUUGUUGUCUUCUGGGUCGUCCCACGUGUCGUCGUCCACACCGCCCGGAGGGAACUCGCCGAACCCGAUGGGCGGGAUGCCGCGGCCCCGGCCGCCACGACCGCCACGGAACGGCAUGUCGCUGCCGCGGAAACCACCACGACCCUGACGCACACACACACACACACACACACAGAGAGAGAGAGAGAGAGAGUGGUCUGGCCUGUGGAUGGGGAUCUUGCUUGUAGUGUCUGGUGUGCGUGUUGCGUACCCUCAUUCCUCGUCCGCCCCUGCCUCCGCCUCCCCUGCCGCCCCGGUUGGCAUCGUAUUCGUUGUCCAUGCCGCCGCCGCCCCCCUGGUAGCCACCGCCCCUCAUGCCGCCCCUCCCACCACCACCUCGAGGGCCCAUGGCGCCCCGACCACCCAUCCCCCCUCCGCGUGGGGGCGGUGCCGUCGGGCGCCUCAUGACGGCGCGGAACCUGCGGCCUUGGAAGAAGACGCCCUUUUCGAGGAGGGCCUUGACGGUCUCGUGUUUGUCGAGCUCGAUUAUGAGCCCGCCGUUGACCUCAGGGUAGGCCUUGGUGCACACGCCCUUGCCGUUGAGCUGAGUCGUGAUGGCCUUCUUGACCUCCUCCUGGGUCAUGCCGCCCGGCAGCCGCUCGAUCCACACCUCCUUGGUCUGCUCCAAACCGUCGUCGGCAGCCGCCCCGCUCGACGUGGGCGGCAGGGCGUACCCCACCUGCUUGGGCGGCGGCACCUUGCCCAUGCCCGUUGUCACCUUGCCCGCCCAGCUCUCGGGGUCGGGCGGGAUGACCGGGAACUCCUCCUCGCCGGACCCCUGCUUGGCCACCGAGGGGCGCUUGGGAGGGGGCGGGUUGGGGCCGCCCGAGGGAGUCACCAUCGCACCGCGACCCACCGGACGCUGCACAUGGUUGUUCUCCGCGGGACGAGAAUCUGACAGACAGACAGGUAAGUGUGUAAGGGGGACAGACACACCGACCGACAGAUAUGGACAAAUCGCCUGUGCCUGUGACGUCCUCCCCUUCUUUCUCUGUGACCAAGAUCUAUCUUACCAGCAUUGACGUGACGCAGCCCCCCUCCAGCUUGGGCAGCCGCCAUGGGCGUCCCAACGUCGACCGUCCCGUUGUUGGUCUGCUGCAGCUGCUUGUUCAAAUCAGCCAUGGUCUUCUCGGUUGGGGGCACCGGCACGGGCGCCUGCGGCCUCACGUAGUCGUUGCCCUGCUGCUGCGCCUGCUGUGCGGCCAACGGGGCGAUGGGCUGCGGCUCGUUGGGCGUGGUGGCUGGGUGCUGGCCGUUGGCGGGCUGCUCCUUGGCUUGGAAGACGUCGUCAUCGGACUGGAGGAAGCAGAACCAGUCGUUGUGGACGUACCAUGAGGUGCUCUGGUUGAAGUCGCUGCUGUUGAGGAUGACCAUCUGGACGAACCGCUUGGCCUCGAGGCUGUCGUCGUUGGACCACAUGACGCCCGUGAGGUUGAUGACGACGUACCGCGAGUGGCGCGAGUCGGCGUGCUGCGCGUUGAAGGUCUUGAUGGUCGUCUUGACGUGGCUCUUCAGGAACCCGUCACACAUGAUCAGGUCGUUGAUCUCCUUCUGACCCCUCGCCGUGCGCGUGUCGCCGCCCGAAUUCUCGACCGUCCUCUCCAUCGUCGACUCGGUCUUGUAGAACUGACCAACACACACACACACACACACAGAGAGAGAGAGAGAGAGAGAGUGACAGCGAAUCCCAUGGCGUGUGUCGAACUGUUGAUGCGGACCGCGUGUCCACACAUGCACGACCCCUCCGGCCCACCCACCUUGUAUAUCUCCUCAGGCCGCUCAUUCAUGGUGCUGUAGUAGGCCUUCAAGAACUCCUCAGCGAUAAACUGGACGCUCGGCGUGUCCAUCUCGGCUCCACCUCAAUCGGGACGUGACGCAGCAAUAUCGACGAGAAAAUGGAAGAGAUCUGAGACGGACGGAUGAAGAUCAGCGCUGCUUGUGCCUCCGCGAAGCACCAAAGCAGCAGCGGCUCCCG